UAAGCAGACAGGAACAGGAAGUGAUGGACUGUUAUGAAGUGUGAGCUUUGGAAGGUGCUUCUUAAAACUUCCCUAUUUCACAAACAUGUUUAUUGUUCAGGUGGGUGCGUUAUUGAUAGCGUUGAUAUAUUACGCCAAUGCUCAAACGUCUGUUGUCGCUGUAAACACCACCAUCCCGGGUUCAGAGCUGAGCGCAAGCGGCUUGAGGCAACUCGCCGCGGCAGUGGUGCCUCAGUCGCCCGUGUUUCACCCCAGUCUCCGUUCACAGUUCUCUCUCAACCUGUUGUCGGCGUUUCCAGAAGAUCUGGAGGUCAGCGAUUACUGCGUCGCGCUGCUGGCUAUCUUUGGGCAGCGAUAUUCAACGUAUGUGAAUUGUUUGGUGUCCGCCGCGCGCCCUGUCAAAGUGUGCCAAAACUGUUAUGGCACCUACGGCAACCUUAUGGAAAUCUACAAAAACAUAUCAGACCAGAUGGGCCCGGGGAAUGUGAGCUGCAGAGACAGCCUACUGCGUUCUGAUAGGCUGAUGUUGGUGUUCCUGCUCUACAGUAACAUGGAGGACAUCUGGACCGCUUCAGAAUGUAACCGUUGUGUAAGCCUGAGAGACCACAGCCUGACCAAUGACACCCUUUACUUCAUGGAAACUCUGAACCAGUCCCUCAGCUGCUUCGAGAAGUACCAGAAGCAGGGUAACCACUCAGAGCUUUGUACGGAAUGUAAGGCCACAUACAGAGGACUGAAUGAGCUGUACAGCCGCAUGGAGAAGAAUCACACCCUCUGCAUCGACAUCGAGGACUCUGAUCUUGUCUUGUUUCAGAUGAAUAUGACCCGCAUACUGUGGAGCAAGGAUUUCAAUUGUUCUUUCCCCCGGGCGGAGACUGUUCCUGUCAUCGCCGUGUCCAGCUUCAUGCUCUUUCUGCCCAUCAUCUUCUACUUGAGCAGCUUCCUUCACUCGGAACAAAAGAAACGCAAGCUCAUACACCCCAAACGAGCCAAGUCCAACCCCAGCUUCAUUAACAUCCAGGACAAGUUCAGCUGAGGAGAGAGAUCAGAUAAUGACUUUAUUAUCCCUGUGGGGAAAUUUUGGUUGUCGCUCUCUGCAUACAUAAACAUAUAAUCAACAAUAGACAAAGUACAUACAGUAUACAGACAAUAAAUACAGGUAGAAAAGUACAGUUCAUGAGUGAUCAAUGAUCAUCCAUACACUAUAGACAACAGAACACACUGUCAACUACAAUGUUAGAUAUAGGCCACACAGGAGGUUGGUGGCACCUUAAAUGGGGAGGAUGGGCUUGUGGUAAUGGCUGGAGCGGAAUAGGUUGAAUGGUAUCAAAUACAUGGUUUCCAUGUGUUCGAUGCCAUUCCAUUGACUCCGUUCCAGCCACUAUUAUGAGCCGUCCUCCCCUCAGCAGCCUCCUCUGAUAGGCCAGCCCGAUGCUCCUACUUGUGGUUUAAACAUUCAGGAGCCUUACUACCGCUUGGACAAAGGAUAAUUUGGCUCUAUUCCUUUGGUUUCCUGUAACGUCUCCUCGAGCAGAGAAGCUAAAAUUCCUGAUAAAGAGGAUGUCUAGAGUCCAUCAGUACCUUGUGGGGUUUUGAGGGCUCUUAUAUCAUAAAUUACCUCUAGACCUGUCUGAUUGAACUCUAGCACCUUACUAGCAAAGCUUACAAUUUCUCUGCGAGACAAAUUUUAAAAAAGUUAUAAAUUGAACCUUUAUUUAACUAGGCAAGUCAGUUAAGAACAAAUUCUUAUUUACAAUGACUGCCUACCCCGGCCGAAACCGGACGACGUUGGGCCAAUUGUG